AUGGAAGAGCCACCGCCAGCUGAGCCGCUACCGCCCCUUGAAGAAUAUUCAAGUAAAGCUAAUGGGCCGAUAGCAGACAGAGAUCCACCAAAUGUUCCCCAAGGGAAUUCAAUCAAUAACGAUGAAACAGUACUACAAUAUCAAUUUGAGCAUAAGGAAAAUGAAAUGGAGGAAAAACAGGUCACCCAAGCCUCAUCACCUCUCCUUGAACAAGGAACUAAUCCAAAUGAACCACAAAGACGCCGUUCGCCAUUGCAUCAUUCAGUAUCAAACAUCGAACAUCCCUUUAUCGAAUGGGAUAUCUUAGGUGAUACUGGAGAUACCUCACUUGCAGCAACAUCUACUCAUCCAUCUGCAUCUGCUACAAUGCCCUACAAAGUUGCACCUGCCCUAAUGGACACAGCAAAAGCUAUAUGGGAUAGUUAUGGAGACAUUGGAGUCAAUAGUGCCCUUCAAUCACUACAGUUUCGUUCAGCCAUAUUUUCUCUUAUCUGCAAAGUAGUCCUUGAGAUGAACAAAAUAGGUUAUAAUAGCUUGGACAGAAAGACAGUAAAGAAGUGGCAAGAAGAAGUGGUGGAUGCAGAGAAGAGUGGAUGGGAGGUUGGUUGGUUAAGGCAACGUGUAGAGGAAGUUACUUAUAAUAUUGCUGCAGCUGAGAUUCUUUUAGAGGUGAAGAUGAAGAGAGAAGCUGAGAGAGCUAAAUUGAAACAAUUUGAUGAAGAGAUCCAAAGAUACCUCACCAUUUCAAGCAUUUUUAGCAAGAAGGCUUUUGAGUUGAAAGAAGAUAAAUUGAAAAAAGCUAAAGAGCUUGAAAGUAAGGUACGUGUCCCUAAGAUACUUGCUAAGGCAGUUGAGACAGUGUCCUUAUGGGGGGCAAAUUCUGUAGGGAAAGGUCUUCUAGAUAUCCCUUAA